CGGCGCUGCGCGGGGAGGCGGCCGGGCAGGGCCGGGGCUGCGGGCGGGAAGAUGGCGAACGUGCAGCUGGAGUUCCAGGCCAGCGCCGGGGAGGCGGAUCCGCAGAGCCGCCCGCUGCUCGUGCUGGGCCAGCUGCACAACCUGCAUCGCCUGCCCUGGGCCCAGCUGCGGGGCAAGCUGCAGCCGCGGGUCAGCGAGGAGAUAUGGCAGGCUGCAUUAAGCACUCUGAAUCCGAAUCCCACCGACAACUGUCCCCUCUACUUGAACUAUGCCACCGUAGCUGCUUUACCUUCCAGGGUUAGCAGACACAAUAGCCCAUCUGCAGCUCACUUCAUCACCCGCCUUGUUCGAAACUGUCUUCCAGGAGGCAUCAACAGAUGUAUUGUGAUGGUAUGUGAGCGCUCUGAAGUCUUUGCCUCAGCUUGUGCGCUAGCCAGGGCAUUCCCACUGUUCACCCACCGGUCCAGUGCAGCUAGGCGCACAGAGAAGAAAACUGUAAUUGUGGAGUUUUUCCUGGUUGGACAGAACAAUGGGCCCAUAGAAGUGGCCACACUUAACUGUUUGGCAAGUGCUACAGAAGGAGUGAGGCUGGCUGCUCGCAUUGUGGACACCCCAUGCAAUGAGAUGAACACUAACAGCUUCCUGGAGGAAAUCAAAAAAGUUGGCAAGGAUCUUGGGAUUGUUCCAACCAUUAUUCGUGAUGAGGAGCUGAAUGAGAAGGGAUUUGGAGGUAUCUAUGGAGUUGGCAAAGCAGCUGUGCAUCCACCUGCCCUAGCAGUACUCAGUCACACCCCGGAUGGUGCUACACAAACCAUUGCGUGGGUUGGGAAAGGUAUUGUGUAUGACACCGGAGGCCUCAGCAUUAAGGGAAAGACCACUAUGCCUGGCAUGAAACGUGACUGUGGUGGAGCGGCUGCUGUUUUGGGUGCCUUCAAAGCCACGGUAAAGCAAGGCUUUAAAGACAAUCUUCAUGCUGUUUUUUGCUUGGCUGAAAAUUCUGUUGGGCCUAAUGCAACAAGACCUGAUGACAUCCAUGUCCUUUACUCAGGAAAAACUGUGGAAAUCAACAAUACUGAUGCAGAGGGCAGGCUGGUGUUGGCUGAUGGAGUAGCGUACGCGUGCAAGGAUCUCGGCGCUGAUAUCAUUCUUGACAUGGCCACUCUCACCGGAGCUCAGGGAAUUGCCACAGGGAAAUACCAUGCUGCUGUCCUCACCAAUAAUGAAGAUUGGGAGAAGGCCUGUGUUAUCGCUGGCAGGAACUGCGGAGACCUGGUCCAUCCUCUUGUGUAUUGUCCUGAGCUCCAUUUUAGUGAAUUUACCUCUGCUGUAGCUGAUAUGAAGAACUCUGUGGCAGACAGAGACAAUACUCCGAGCUCCUGUGCCGGGCUCUUUAUCGCUUCUCACAUUGGUUUCGAUUGGUCUGGUGUCUGGGUCCAUAUAGACAUUGCAGCACCUGUCCAUGCGGGCGAAAGAGCUACUGGUUAUGGAGUGGCUUUGUUGCUGUCCCUGUUUGGCCGUGCAUCUGAAGAUCCUCUGCUGAACAUGGUGUCCCCUCUGGGAUGCAAUGGAGACUCUCCAGAUGAGGAGAUGGAGAGAGAUUCUAAAAGGCGGCGCCUUGUUUAAUGUUCCCCAGCCCUUACCAACGGGGCGCCUAUAUUACCUCACUUUGCACCGAUCCGUUCUGAAGCAAAGAAAAUACCACACGUGGGGAAACUGCCUUUUUUUUUUUUUUUU